UUCGUUUUUGAUUUGUUUCUUGAGAAAUCUAGCACUAUAUUAAAUGAUAGUUAAUACUUUUUUGCAUUUCAGAUCCUUGUUUCAUGUUUUUAAAUCCUCUAAAUUUAAUUAGGGAUGGAGCAUGAUGCAAUCUAACGGAUCAUUUUUAUUUUGCGUUCAUUCGCAUUUAAAACGAUACGAUUAAACGAUACCUGAGUACGUACGGUAACGGGAUACAAAAUACAUAAGGUACACAUCUAGCACUAAAAUUUACAAAAUACUGUUUAUAAUUAACUUACAUUAAUUAAUUAUCUAGGAUUUAAACUUAUAACUCUAACGUUAAGCAUCGUACGUACUUAAUUACUCAUACAUUAAGACUUAUUUACUUUUCUAUCUCGUAAGCUCAGGAUGACCGAGGAUGAAACUAUAUUUGAUCCUCAGUUGAAAAAAAAGAAGAAGAAGAAGAAGCUUCCCUUCGAUUUGAGUGCACUCGAAGAUAGCAAUGUGUCGGGUGAAACUGGUGGUGAUGCCCAGGAAGAUGAUGUUGAUGGAGUUAAAGAUGAAAAUGAUGCUCCCGAAGAUAAAGAAGAUACUGUACUAGACUUGGAUGACUUUUCGGGCUUAAAAAAGAAAAAGAAGAAAAAGAAACCUUUUAAUUUAGAAGAACUGGAAACAAAUGCUCCGGAGUCUGAAUCCAAGGAUGAGUCUUCAGCUGUUGCAGCUGAGGACAAAGAUGCCGAUGAUGGAGACUUAGAUGAUGAUUUAGAUUUCAGUUUAUCAAAGAAAAAGAAGAAGAAGAAGAAAAUAAACAUUGAUGAAUUAGAAUCUGAAUUAGUAGUUGGGGAAGAGGAUGAAGAUGAUGAUACUAAAUUUGAAGAUGAUGCUGAACUUAAAUCGACUCCAGCAGUUUCAUCAACAUCCUGGAUUGGUACCGAUAGGGAUUAUGCAUAUGAAGAACUGUUGAUUAGAGUAUUUAACAUAAUAAGAGAAAAGAAUCCUGAUAUGGUUGCUGGUGAAAAGAGACGGUUUAUUAUGAGACCUCCUCAAGUUAUCAGGGUGGGCACCAAGAAGACUUCUUUUGCUAACUUCAUAGAAAUUUGUAAAAUGGUUCAUAGACAACCUAGACAUUUACAAGCCUUCCUUUUAGCUGAGUUAGGUACUAGUGGUUCUGUUGAUGCAAAUAAUCAGUUAAUUAUUAAAGGCAGAUUUCAGCAAAAACAAAUUGAAAAUGUUUUGAGGAGAUAUAUCAAGGAAUAUGUGACAUGUCACACAUGUAGGUCCCCAGAUACUAUAUUGCAGAAAGACACAAGACUUUUCUUUUUGCAAUGCGAAACUUGUGGCUCUCGCUGUUCCGUAGCUAGCAUCAAAUCUGGUUUCCAGGCUGUUACUGGUAAACGUGCUGCCAUCAGAGCCAAGACAGCAUAGAAAAAGAGUUUUUGUAUGUUUAUAUUAUAAAAUAAACUAUCCCAUGCUA